ACUGCACACACACAACACCGUCUCUGCUCACACCCUCACCGCCUGCAGGGGAGAGGAUACGACAGGGAAACUCAUGGACGCGGUGGAGAGACUGCCAGAACUAUGUCAUGGUUACUACAGCAAUUAUCAAUUCUACAAAGCAGCGGACUCAGUUAUCCAUGUUUUACAUUUAGCUAAUUUAUACUUUGAAACACAAAAACCUUGGGAAUUAAAGAAAAAAAAUUCUCAAGAACAAUUGGAUGCAGUUCUCUAUAUAAUAACGGAAACAUUAAGAAUAUGUUCUAUAAUAUUACAACCUUUGAUACCGGAUCUGGCAACACAGUUGUUGGAUAAAUUACAAGUACCAAAAGAUUGUAGAAGCUGGCAACACUGUGAAACUCCCUCGUGGAUAGAUGGCGCUGUUCAUGCAAAUAUACAGCCGGGAAAGUUCGUGUUGUUCCAAAGAAUUUAUACAGAUAAGAAAGCGAAGAAAAUAAGUGCCUAAUUAAUAAAAGAUUUUAUUUUG